AUGCGGGUUGCAGAUAAUAUGGGCCAACCGGCGCAUAUUGAACGAAGAAUUGAGAUCCCACUUCCUCGCCCCGAAAAGGUUGCUAGCAGUCCCUCUAAACAAGCAAAGCCGGAAGCAAAUAAUAUAUCAGUCGGCCUCGGCGAUCCUGAUGACCUACCUGAUGUCCAAGAUUUACCAGGCACAGACGAUUUGCAAGAUCCACCAGAAGAAGUCCUAGACCCUUCUGUGCACUCUCCGUCUUCUAAUGUUACCCCUAUUCCGAAGAUCCCAAAAAUUACACCCAUUGGCAUGGCGCCGCCUCCUGAUCUACUCCGUCUCGCACAUGGCCUUGGCGGCAAUAUUGUCGACGAUGUUGGCAGUAUUGUAAACGCGUCAGGAAAGGUACUCGGUCACGCUACAGGAGACCUCCCUGCUAUGGUUGGUAGAAGGGUUGCAGACAACGGCGAAGUCUACGGAGAAAAUGGAGAGGUCAUUGGAUAUGUUUCUGAGAAUUUCACCAAUCCACCGCCCCCUGUGGAUAUCCCCGAAAACGUGCUCGGGGGAUUGAAGAUAGAUCAUGAUGGCAAUAUCCUCGACACAAAUGGUAACAUAAUUGGUCGCUUUAAUGAGAAGGCCAAGGAGAAUGAUAAUUUAGCGCCUUUUAUGAAACGGUCCAAGCCAGACGAGUCUCGGACCGAGGAUAGAAAACCUGAUGAGAAAAAGCCGAAGGUCAAUGCUCAUACAGGAGGGAGCCCUUCAGAUAUCUUCCUAGAUGUGAAGUCUACGACUGACGGUAUUCAACUUACAAUUCGCAUCCCUACGACAUUUGGAAGACAGCCACACGAUUCAUAG